AUGGCCUCGAAAGAGCAAGCACCGGAUUUCGGUCUCAAGACUUUGCCUGUCGAGGAAAAUGCAGAAGUAGAAAUCGGUCGUUUGGAUGAGCUUCGGGAGAACCUUGACUCCACGUUGAAAGAGGAUCAGGAGUAUACCUAUGAAGCAGAGCAUUCCCCUUUUGCUGAAGGUAUAUAUCUCGGAAUGCCCUUCGGCGUCAGGACCCUGAGCUGA